CUUGCUGAGCAACGACGUCUGCUCUCUGGGCCUCCGAGUUCCCAUCAGCACGAAAACCACAGGAACUCCCAAGACUGUCGUCACCGGUGUGGGUGACCACUCUCGCCUCCACGUGCAACGCGUGUACGCCAUUGGGUAGAGGCUGCUGGCGCCCGGCCAGGCGGGCGCGAUGGGCGGGCGGCGGCCUAGUCCUGGGCCCGGAGCCCCAAGCAAAGGCCCACUGCCGCCCGCCGCCGCCCCGCCCUCCCCCGGCUCGGGGCGGAGCCUCCGCCUGGCCGCCCCUUUAUCUGCCCGCUUGUAGCCGGGAUGCAGAGGGCCGCCGAGGGCCGCCGGGUCGCAGUCGGGCCUCCUUUUGCAACUCGGUACCGGGCUGGGGGAAAAGUGGGAGGGGCGGGCGGCGGGCAGAGGGGGCUCUCCCCGCGGGGCGGAGCGCGGGGAGCUGUGUGCAGCCGAAAUUCGGGGCUAGUGAGUAGAGGACAGAAGCCAGUCAAGUUUGCCUCACAUCCAUGAACCAGGCCCUGGACACCUGGUCUCAGCCUAGCUUUGCCCGCCUUGCUGUGUGAUCUUGGGUAAGUCACAACAUUUCAGCUAGCCCUCGGUUUCCCCAAAUGUUUCAUGCCAAGGUUAACCACGAGCUUCCUUCUGCAGCUGAGGCCUGGCUAGGGAUGCAGAGUUUAGCCUGGAUUUGACCAACGUGAGAGUGGUGAUCGGGGGAGGGGAGAGGGUGGAGGUUGUCUUUAGCCCCACCCUCUGGUGACAUCACACAAGACCCCUAUAGUCCCUGGAAGCCCCACCCCUAUAGACCCUUACCUGUGGAAGUGCCACCCAGUGCUUGGCAUCUGGCGAAUUUGCCCUGUUCCACAGCAGAAGUCAUCAGCCCCUGGGUUCAAGAGAAAUCCUUAGGUAACCAGUGCAAUUAGGGAGACUUGGAGGGGGGCCAUGGAGGUGUACUGGAUUGGGGUGGGAUGCCUGGAACAGCCAGGUUCUGGCAGCCUGGUGGGCAGACUACUCAAAGGAUGCCCUGAGGGUGCCCUCUGAAUACUCACCCUCAUCCUUCUGGCUCUUGCUAGACUCCUGCCCCUGCUUCUUUCCCCUGGAUCCAGUGCCCCUUUCCAUGGAGUCAGGAGAUGGGAACUAACUCUGAAAAUAGAGCUAUUCAAAUGGAAUGGGGCCACUGGUCUAAAGGUCUAAAGGAAAUAGGGCAACUUGACCUCUGUCAUCCCAGUAUGCAGCCUCUGGGUUCUGUGCUUAGGGCCCACUGUGUCUGGGGGAGGGGAAGGGCUGCGAGUGAGCUAUCGCCCACCUGAGGAGGUAGCUGUGAGCCAGGGCUUCAUUGGUGCAGAGAGAGUGGGUAGCUGGCAACUGGGUGAGUCUGAGGUCCCUGGAUGCAAGUCAGUUGCUAGAAGCCUAAGGAAAUAAUUUAUGGGAAAGGACCUGGUUGCCUGCUUCAGACCAGUGUUUUCCAAAGUAGUUCUUUGGGAUGCAGUUAGGUGUGACAAGAAGCAGGGCAGCAGGAGUGGCUGAGAGUAUCUGUGCUUUGCAGUUGGGGAGCUGGGUCCGGAUCCUGGCUCCAUCUCUCUCUCUCCCUCUCUCUGUAUGGCCUUGGCUAAGGAGCUCCCAACCUCUCUGAAUUUCACUCAACAACAAAAUGGGCAUAGUAAUACCUACCUUACAGGCUAGUUAUGAGAAUUAAUUGCAACAAGGCUAUGAAGAGUGAGCAUAUAGUAAACACUUACUACAUUUCAGCUAGCUUUAUAAUAUAAUCAUUGCUGGGAAAGGAAUCCUUGGUCACGUAAGCUUGGCAAAUGUAGGUUCAACAAAGUGAAGCAGGCUUCUUUGGUGCAAACCUUCUCCGAGCCUUUAAUAUGCUGUUAUUACUUGGGAAGUUCUAAGAGUGGGAUGUGGAGCAUCGGACUGGACUUAACAGAUCACAGGGACUCAGGAACUAAGGCACCAUCGAAUGUCAUCAUUCCCUGGUCUUUGCCCUCAUGGUGGAAUGGAAACAUGGCUGGAUUGGGCAACUCUGGGGAAGGGCUUGCUGUCUCUGGGCUCUUGUUUUCUCAAUGUAAAACAAAAGAGCUGCGAGAUGCUUUCAGAGGCCUUUUCUGGUCCCCUGAAGUUCUGAGUUGGGAAGACAAAGUGGUAGACAAGGGUAAAGGCCAGACUGUUGAGGCUAAAGCCCUGUCUCUUGGGGAGGAGAAGAAAUCCAGUGCUGGCUCCUCAACCAGGGGAGUUCUUAUGCUCUGGACAGAAGUGACCCCACUAAUUAGUUCAUCAGCAAGGUCUUCUUCCUAAACCUGCCAGGCUGUCUGGGAAUAGAAAGUAGUGGUGUAAUGACAUUUAAUUCUUUCCUCCCUACCAGAUGAGGAAAGGCCAGAGACCAGAGCUGACUCCAGAAUGUAAUGCAGGAGGAGCUCAGGGAUGCAAAUCAGGCUCGGGGUGUGGAGGUGUGUGGGCUGGGGGCUUGUCUUGAUGUUGCCUUUGCAUAGCAAGCACAUUGCAUUUACUUGGACCAUGUGCAAAUUAUUGGGUGGCUUUGGGGGUGAUCACGGUGCUGCUGGUGGCGGGGAAGUUGAGUGCAGAUCUUCUUGCCUCUUAGAAUGACUGGUGCAAAGGAAGUUGCAAUAAAUAUCUGAUGAAUGAUGGACAGAGUACAUCUGGCUGCUGAGUCAAAUAAGCUUCUUGGGGGAGAAUAUGAGGGAGGGGAGUUGUCUGUCUAGCUAGUUGUCUGGCUAGUUUUUCAACAGAUAUUUGAUUUAAUGAAUGAAACAGUGGAUAAUGAUAAGCCUGAAUUAAGCAAUUGGUACCAGGCAAAAGCAGUAUAUAAUUAUGAAAUGAUUAAUAGUACUUGCCACCUUGUUUUGCAAAGGGCAGUUUAAGGAAGUGGUUAAGAUUGCAAACUGAGUUUAUAUCAUGCCUCUGCCACUUCCUAGGCAGGGUACUUAACUUCUCUGUGCCUCAGUUUCCUUAUAUGAAAAAUGGGCAUAAUGAUAAUACCUAUCUGAUAGGGUGCUAUGAUGCUUAAAUGAGUCAAAUAUGCAUAAAGUGCUUAAGACACGGACACAUAGCACAUGCUGUGUAAGCAUUUGCUAUGCUUUGUUUUCCUCUCUGUUACCUCUACCAUAUCAUGAAGUUCCUGAAGGCAGGGAUCAAAUUCUUUUCCACUCUCCUGCCCACCACCACCUUUGGGACCCGGCACAGGACAUGAAGCAGAGAAGGGGCUCAGUAAGUGUUUGCUAAAUGAAUGAAUGUGUUUUAAAUGCUAAAUUGUAUAACCCAUUAUAGAUCUCCCACAGGGAGAAGUAAGGGGGCAUUAAGGAAGUCCCCCGGAGGUGACAGCUUGUACUGGUUUUAAAGGAUUUCAGUAGAGGGAAAGGAAGUUGGCACAGGGUCUGACAUUUGGGUUAGGUGGGAAAUGAGGGUGGGAGCAGGUCAUGGGGUCUUGAAUGCCAGGUGAGGGGUUAGAUUGGAUUUAUUUGCAAUUAGCAAUGGUGGAAGGACUGGAGGGGGGAACUUUUGAGUGAGGGUGUGGCUGAGGGAAAGGGCUGUUUUUAUAGGAUCAGUUGUUACUAGGGUCUUUUGGGAAAAAAGUGGCUUUUCGAGUUGGGCCUUGAAGGCUAUGAAGUAUUAUCAGGAUGCUAUUAUGUUGUUUUUUCAUUCAACAAACAUUGAGCACCAGCUACCUGCUAAGCACCAGGGGUUCACAAAAUAAUAAGACAAACUGCCUACCCUGGAGGAGCUCACAUUAACAAUUUAAUGCCCGUGAGAAGUAUUAUAAUGGUCAAAGGAUUGUAGGCACUCAAGUUAGAGGGAUCAUCAUCGGAGGACCUCCAGGGAAAGUGUCACAGAAGAAAUGGGUUUUGAGGGAUGAAUAAGAGUUUGCCAGAUGGGCAAGAUGAGGUAAAUGGCUCAGAUGGAGGGAACAGCUUGUGCAGAGCUAUAGACAUGUGAAACAGCAGGCCCACGGUUUUGAUGAGGCUGUCGCUGGAUGUGAAAUGCACUGUGGUUGAGUAAUAAGGCUAGGAAAGGUAGUAGGGACCAGAUCAUGUAGGGUGAUGGAGGGUCAAUGGCAGACCCUGGCCACUCCGAAGGAGUUAAAGGUAGAGGCAGCAGGUCUGUUAGCAAGGUCAUUGUCAGGUAAACGCUGAUGGCAACAUGAACACAGGAGAAAACAAUGAGGGUUGCUGUAUAGAGCCUGGACUGGAAAGAGGUAGGAUGACAUAGUGAGCCUCUUUAACGCAUGCCUCAAACAUUUACUGAACACCUACUAUGUGCCAGGCACUGUUCUAGGCACUCGAGAUACAAUAGGGAGAAGAACAAUCAUGAGUCAGAGCUGAGCUCUCCCUUAGGACAACUCCCCUCCUCUUAAACUCAGUGUAGGGAUAAGGGGGUGGGGAAGAGCACAGCCCCCCAGCUGCUGCUCAUGGGGCAGGAGGGUGAGGACACCAGCCCCCUAACCUUGCUCGGGCCUCUCUCCCAGCUCCUCGCCACGCCCACAGCCAUGGCCACAAUGGUGGCCCAGAAGCUCAGCCACCUCCUGCCCAGUUUGCGGCAGGUCCACCAGAUGCCUCGGCCGUCUGUGCAGCCAGAGCCUGUGUUCACGGUGGACCGAGCCGAGGUGCCGCCCAUCUUCUGGAAGCCAUACAUCUAUGUGGGCUACCGGCCGCUGCAUAGGACCUGGCGCUUCUACUUCCGCACACUGUUCCAGCAGCACAACGAGGCGGUGAACGUCUGGACCCACCUGCUGGCGGCCCUGGUGCUGCUGCUGCGGCUGGCCAUCUUUGUGGGGACCGUGGACUUCCGGGGAGACCUGCACGCCCUGCCCCUCUUCAUCAUUGUUCUUGCCUCCGUCACCUACCUCUCCCUCAGUGCCUUGGCUCACCUCCUGCAGGCCAAGUCCGAGUUCUGGCAUUACAGCUUCUUCUUCCUGGACUACGUGGGUGUGGCUGUGUACCAGUUUGGCAGUGCCCUGGCACACUUCUACUAUGCCAUUGAGCCCGCCUGGCAUGCCCAGGUGCAGACCUUUUACCUGCCCAUGGCUGCCUUUCUCGCCUGGCUUUCCUGCGCUGGCUCCUGCUACAACAAGUACAUCCAGAAGCCCGGCCUGCUGGGCCGCACUUGCCAGGAGGUGCCUUCGGCACUGGCCUACGCACUGGACAUCAGCCCCGUGGUGCACCGCAUCCUCGUGUCCCCCAACCCUGCCACGGACGACCCGGCUCUUCUCUACCACAAAUGCCAGGUGGUCUUCUUUCUGCUGGCGGCCACUUUCUUCUCUGCCUUCGUGCCUGAACGCUGGUUCCCUGGCAGCUGCCAUGUCUUUGGGCAGGGCCACCAGCUCUUCCAUGUCUUCUUGGUACUGUGCACGCUGGCUCAGCUGGAGGCCGUGGCGCUGGACUACGAGGCCCGGCGGCCCAUCUAUGAGCCUCUGCACACCCGCUGGCCCCACAACUUCUCCGGUCUCUUCUUGCUUACUGUAGGCAGCAGCAUCCUUACUGCAUUCCUUCUGAGCCAGCUGGUACGGCGCAAACUCAGUCUCGAUCGGAAGACCCAGUGAAGGGGGGUGGCAGCUUUUAGGGAGGGAGGUAUAGUGGGGGCCCAAGGGUCUGGGCUUGGCUCCAGAUGGGAACAAGGCCUGAUAAAAUUGCUUGUGUCUGGCCCGCAGUGACUUCUCUGUGCACGCCUCAGCUGCCAAGGGGGGCACUGGCCAGUCCUUGGAUUUGAGGAUUGGCUGGAGCUGCUGGGGUCCACUUCAGGGCCUGCCUCAGCUCCCUGCCCUGGGAGAGGGAAAGAGAAAGAUGUGGGGCACCCUGGUUUGCCUCCUCCCAUUGCCUCUCACUUAGGGGUGAGGAUGGAGGAUCAGCUGGGGCCAAGACCCUGGCCUGGGCCUUCCAGAUUAUCUCUGAGGGGUUGAAGUUGGGAUUUAGGUCAGAGUCAAAUCUGAGCUGAGAGAUAGAGGAAGCGUCAGCAACUGCCCUCUACCCAGAUUUCACUGGUGGAUAGGGAAAGGGCAGGCCCAAAAUGUGUGCAGGAUCUUACCAUUCUUGAACCCCAGCCUGAAGUUUUGGUGCUGCAGAGAGCCCCCAAAGAUAGAAGAUUGUGCCAGGUAGAAAUGGAUCCCAUCCAGUGCCCCAUACCUCUUCAGCCACUAUCCCAGACAGUGAGCCCUGACCCUCCUAGCUCUGGCCUCUACGUCCCACACAUCCUGUUCCCAGUGUCUUUCCUGGUUCCCUUGUUCAUGAUUCAGUGUUUAUCCAUUCAGUGUUUCUUGGGCCUCUGCUCAGAGGCAGGCCACUGACUGGGCUCCGUGGAUCAAUGCAGGAUGGUAAAGGCUUUAAUAUCGGAAUGAACUGUCAGGGGAAGCACAGAGGAGGGAAUAAUUAGUGUUGCCUGGGAUCCUCAGGGUCUUGGGUUGGGGAGGGUGAAUAGGAGUUUACAGAUGGAGAAGAGGAAGGGCAUUCCAGGUAGAGGGAAAAACCUGUCCAAAGGCCAAGAGGUAUAGAAGAAGGAGUUCACUGCGGCUGGAAUUAGGAGUGGUCUGGACUCUGAUGUCCUGGAUGCAAUAAAGUGACUGUGAUAAGA